ACAGAAAGAGGAAAGGGUUGUUGGGUAACACAGGAAUUCUCUUUCUCUCCCCAAUCUCUCUCUCUCCAUCUCUCUCUCUCUCUCUCUCUGUGGCUGUCAGUCUCUUCUCCAUCAACCCCCCCACCUCUGGUUGUCAGUCUCUCCUCCAUCAAACCUCUCUCUCUCUCUCUCUCUCUCUCUCUCUCACGCCCACUCAUCUCUCUCUCUCCUCCUCCUCCUCUGUAUCUCAGCUCUUCACAACGCUUCAACUUCAGAGCGGCGACAACAUCUGCGCAAGAGCACACGCGAGAGACAGAGCAAGCGAGAGAGAAAGAGAACGAGAGAGAGAGAGAGAGAAGCUUUUCUGAGCAUCAGCAAGGGAAACAAGUCACACUGAGAGACAGGAGCAUAAGAAGCGAGACGGUGUGUGUGAGUGUGAAUGUGUGUGUAUGAAUGCGAGUGUGUAGUCGUGUGUGAGAGUCCGAGGGCACGCUGCCUCCCCGAGGGGGUCGCGAGGGGCGAGGGCUGAGAGGAGGGUGGCUGAACGCUCUCUGCUCUCUCGCCCUGCGCUUCUGCUGCCCCCUCCGCCGCUCCUCUCCGCCCCCCGCCCCACUCAUCUGCCCCUCUCCACCCGCCCCGCAGCCGCUCCUCUGCCCCCCCUCCCCGCCGUGGUGCGUGUGCAGCAUGGAGCCGGAGCGUGACGUGGCCGAGUCGGAGCGGAGAGAGCGCGCUGAGCCUCUGAGCGCCGUGGAGCGCGCCAUCGUGCAGGACACCUGGGCGCGAGUGUACGAGAGCUGCGAGGAUGUGGGCGUGGCCGUGCUCGUCAGGUUCUUCGUGAACUUCCCAUCAGCAAAGCAGUACUUCAGUCAGUUUCGAGACAUGGACGACCCGGAGGAGAUGGAGAGGAGCGCCCAGCUGAGGAAGCACGCGUGCCGUGUCAUGAAUGCCAUCAACACAGUGGUGGAGAACCUCCACGAUCCGGAGAAGGUCUCGUCUGUGCUGGAGCUGGUGGGGAAAGCCCAUGCCGUCAAGCACAAAGUGGAACCCAUGUACUUUAAGAUUCUAAGCAGCGUGAUCCUCGAGGUUCUUUCCGAAGACUUGGGCAACUGUUUCACCGACGAGGUGCAGAUGGCCUGGACCAAACUGAUGGCGCUGCUCUACUGGCACAUCACUGGAGCGUACCAAGAGGUGGGCUGGGUCAAGCUGUCCAGCUCAGCCGUCUGAGGAGCUGCUGCGAGCUCACACUGCCUCACACGCUGCACUGCCCUCCUGAUUAAUAUUCUGACGAGGAGUGACAAGUCAUUGUCAAAGAAAAAACUGGUUUUAUCCAAACACACACUCACUACAUCAUACAGUUAUUCUGGUCUCUGUAUCUGUAACAUCUUUAUAUUGCGGACAUGCAGGGAUUUAGAGCGGAGAGAAUAGAAAUAAGAGAACCUUCUGUAAAUUUCUAUCUCAUUCACCCUCCAUUUAUACCAGCAAGUGACAAAAAAAACCCUCAAAACUUUAUUUUACUAACAGAGAUAAAAGAUCUAGCACCUAAAUGAUUCUUCUGUUGUCCCCCUUUCUCCAACCGAAAAGGACCUCAAAAUCUUAAAAAUAAGAACCUUUGAAGAACCCUUUUGUCUGCAUCCCAACCUGAAUCUGUGCCCUCCACACAUUCCUUCACAGAGGAACCCUUAAUGGUUCCUGAUACACACUACAACAAAGUGUUCUCCUAUCAGAACAGAUUCCUAGUAGAACCCUUUUGUAAGCUAUGGUCAGUACUUAUCCAGUGAAACCUUAGAGAACCUUAAAGAACCAUUUUCCUAGAGUGUCUUUGUUACUGAGGUCAGACAUUUUGUUUUUCAAGUUAAGAACCCUGAAUAAUCAAAUAAACUCUUAGAACCAUUGAAGAACCCAGGGUCUCAGGGUAAUUUUUUAGAACACUAAUCUAUAAACCAUUCAUUCCUUGAUUUGUCCCACUGUAGGAACCCUGAAUGGUUCUAUGUAAAUCCCUUCAACAAAGUGUUUAGGCAUCAGAAUGGGGUUCCAAGUAGAACCAUUUUUCUAAACCAAGAAUUUGUUUAUUUUUCCAAUGAACCCUCAAACAAUCCUUUUUUUUAUUUGAUCGAGUGUCUCAAAUACCCUCUGACCUUUCUUUUUUUUUUAAAUACUCUAAUGUAUACACCAUGAUCCAUACGUUCUUUGGUUGUCCUACUGGAGAACCCUUGGAAGAUAUCUGUAGAAUGUCAUAGCAAAGUGUUCUUGACCUGUCAUUGAGUAUUCCAAAUAGAAACCUUUUGGAAGCUAAGAACAUUUUAACAUCCAAUCAAUCUGCUGGAGUGAUGUCUAAACUUCAGAAAAAGUAGAACCGUUUUUAGAAAUGCAGAACCAUUAAACACUCACGUAAUCUGCUGAAAUCCAGCUAAUUAGGAUAAUUAACCACAAAGACAUAUUAAUGGCUACUUUUAACCCAUCUUCGCCGAGGGGUGCCAAUAAUUUUGGAGGCUGUACACAAGAUUUUAGAUAUUGAAGUCCACAGGCCACGCCUACAAAAUGUGUUGCUACAUGGGUUACUUGUUGCUUGCUGGCGUAUGUGUGGAGACACAUUACUUCAUGGUAAUUAAAAGAUUACCGUUUUAUGGAGAAAAAAAUGGAUCCAUCAGUCACGGAGAAUGCUAGCAGUGAGAUAAACUGUCUUUUAAUAGAACAUUUGAUCGACAGGACAGAAAUAAAAAUCAUGUUAAAUCCUUGCUUUAAACCUGAAAUGUCCGAACUGUCAGUAACAAUCCAGCGGAUAAUUAUAGCUCUGCCGAGUCAAAAACCUGUAAUUAUCAUAAUUUACUGUAAUUACAGUGAACACAGUGUGUGUGUGUGUGUAUGUGUGUGUGUGUGUGUGUGUGUGUGUGUGUGCGCGAUUCACACAGGUACUGCGUAUCCUAAACAGCCACUAGUAACAUACACCUAAUGUCUUCUCUUGGAUAUUUCGUCAUUCAUGAAUUGAGUCAUUUUGAAUUUACAAACACACACACACACACACACACACAACUGCACUCGACACGAUGAGGCUCCAGUAUGGCUUCUGACUGUCCUACUGCUGCGUCCAGACUACUCACUAUCCCCUACACUGCAAAUCAUGAGCACUAUGUAGCACACUAAUACAGGUAAUGGAAUUAAUGCAGGAUUAGCAUCAUUGUUAAAUAUUCAUGUUCACUACCUAGGGCAUGAAACACAACAUUAUUACUGUUCUAAUGCACACUAUACACUAUAUAGGGCACUUAAACUCCAUCCACACCUUCCCGAAUGUCCCAGCUUAUAUCUUAUAUAUGUUGCUGUGUCCUAAAUCACCUAUCCUAUAAUCUAUAAAGUGUGUAUAAACACCACAACAUACCAUAACAUCUGCCUACUGUGGUUGUGUCCUAAACCACACUGCAUUCACUAUACGGUGGAAGAGUUUAUAUAUUUUAGAAAUCAUUUCUUGUUACUUUUACACACACACACACACACACACAUAUAUACACUACGGUCCUUCUUCAAGCCCACAUUUUGAGGAAAAUAAGUUUUAAAUAUUUGAGACGUAGCAUCAGUGCAAAUUUUUUUUUAAUUAUCCUUGAGCUAAUGUGAAAAUCUGACAGGAUUUCUGAAAGGAUUUUCAAAUGAUUUUCCUAAAUAUUCAUAAUGUACUCCAAAAACUAGCUUAGUUCACUCGCUAAAAUCAGAGAAAAAUGACAACAACAACAACAAAAUUAAAUACUAUAAGCCUUUACGGUUUACGCUAGCUAGCUGGCUUGAUUUUCAGUGAUAUUUAAAAAUAGUAACUCUUUACUACAUUUCUAGAAAGGUAGUUAGCCUACAUUAGCUAAUCUGACAGGAUUUCUGAGAGGAUCUUAACCGAUAUUCAAAAUCUUCACUACUUUACUGGCUAGAGAGUUAUCCUAAAUUAGCUAAUGUGACAGGAUUUCUGACUGGAUUUUAAGCGAUAUUCAAAAUCGACAUUACUGGCUAGCUAGUUAGCAUACAUUCGCUAAUUUGACAGGAUUUUAGAGAGGAUCUUAAGCAAUAUUUAAAAUCUUCACCACUUUACUGGCUAGAGAGUUAGCCUACAUUAGCUAAUUUCUGAGAGGAUCUUAGGCUAUAUUUAAAAUCUCUGCCACUUUACUGGCUAGCGAGUUAGCCUACAUUAGCUAAUCUGACAGGAUUUCUGAGAGGAUCUUAAGCGAUAUUCAAAAUAUUUGCUACUUUUCUAGCUAGCUAGUUAGCCUGCAUUAGCUAAUCAGACAGGAUUUCUGAAAAGAUUCCUUGCUGUCACAUUCUUUUUUGAUAAAAAAUAUCUUUAGUGCUAACACAAGCUAGCAUUUCUGACAGGAUUUCUAGAAGGAAUAGCUGCUCGAUCGUGUCAAGUGUCAUCACUAAGCGUUUUGUGUUAGUGAGUGCUGUGGAGUUCAUGUGAUUCGUGACUGAGGACCGCGAGAGUGAAGUGUGCCAUUUGGGACAGGCGCUUAGUCUGACUAGUAGAGCAAUAAGCACUUAGCCUAGAGGAUUGACUGUUCUACUGUGUGUGUGUGUGUGUGUGUGUGUGUGUGUUAGUAUUAGGUUAACAUCAACAAUGUAUAACGUGAAUCAUUCUGUGUUGUUUCCUGUUGCUUUUUCUUUGUGUGUGUGUGUGUGUGUGUGUGUGUUUAGAGCUGAUGUUUGUCUCCAUAGUGAGCUUCUCCUGACAGCUUGUUUAUUAAACACCUCUCCACUAUUCAUCCAUAAUGGUAACAUACUGUUCAUGCUCUCUCUCUCUCUCUCUCUCUCUCUCUCUCUCUCUCGCUCUCUCUCUCUCUCAUCCUCAUCUCUCAUGUCAUUCAUUUUGCUCUUCUUUUCAUCUACCUCUCUCUCUUCCCUUCUCUUUCUCUUGUGCUCUCUCUCUCUCUGCCUCUCUCUCAUCCUCAUCUCUCAUGUCAUUCAUUUUGCUCUUCUUUUUAUCUACCUCUCUCUCUUCCCUUCUCUUUCUCUUGUGCUCUCUCUCUCUCUGCCUCUCUCUCAUCCUCAUCUCUCAUGUCAUUCAUUUUGCUCUUCUUUUCAUCUACCUCUCUCUCUUCCCUUCUCUCUCUCUCUCUCUCUUGUGCUCUUUCUCUCUCUGCCUCUCUCUCAUCCUCAUCUCUCAUGUCAUUCAUUUUGCUCUUCUUUUCAUCUACCUCUCUCUCCUCCCUUUUCUGUCUCAGUGUCUCUCUUGUUCUCUCUCAUUCCCUUUUCCUUUUCUCUCACUCUCUCUCUCUCUCUCUCUCUCUCUCCUUCCAUCUGUGUCCUGUGUUCCCCUGACAGAUGUUUCCAUUAGCUGGCUGUUGCCCACCUGCUAGGCUCGAGGCCUGUCUCUGUAAAACAUCCUGUGCCAGGUUUUACUGUCAGUACACACACACACAUACACACACACACACACACACACACAUUCUCUCUCUCUCUCUCUCUCUUUCUAUCUCACUCUCUCUCUCAGCCUCGUACUCUAGACGUUCCCUCGUGAGUGAGUAAGUUCUCGUCUUUUCAAAGCUUGGACUUUAUAUUUUUCUAGAUAUAUGUUAUCAAUGUCCUGAAAUCUUUCAAUAAGGAUUACUAUGUUGUUUAGGGUUCUCUUUGUAUAAAUAACUACACACACACACAUACACACACACACCGCUAACGUUUGACUGUUUAAUGGGGUGUUGGCCGGUACUAAUAAAAAAUUAGUGAAGGAGAUGAUCUAAAGUCAACUAAAUGAAUAAAGUUCUCGUGUCCA